AUGGGCCGUACAAGUUGGAGAGAACGCUGGUCAACUCUCCGUAAGAUCCUAGUCAAACCAUCGACACUUUCAGCACGAUCUGGAGACGAAGAUGAUGUUAUUGGCGCUCAACUUGAUAUAGGCGGUCAUUCGCGAGAUGUCGCAGAUGCAAGAUUCGGUGAUAAAGAUCUAGUGUCACAAGGUGGACUUCCUGGAGGCCAGUUUGGUGAGAUCGACGUCGCAUUGUGUCGUUUGGAUAACUCCCUUUAUGUUCGAAAAGCACAACCCAGAAGACAAGCACUCCAGGCAACCCGGGAACGCGAUGUCCUGCUCCGUGCACGACGCACUGGUAGCGUAUGGUCACCUCAUCUUCUCUGUGCUUUCAAAGAGGGGGUGGGAUGUGGAUAUCCCUCUGGCGAAGGACCAUUGACUUAUACGCUCGUUAUGUCGUACGUUCCUGGCGGCACGCUCGAGGAUGUUCUGGAAAGUUGUACCGUCGGAGGGUUGGCGGAAGCGGAUGUACGUUGGUGGUUCUCUCAAGCAGUUUGUGCUAUUGGCUGGCUCCAUGAACAAGGCUGGGCGCACAGGGACAUAAAACCUUCAAACCUGGCUAUCACUUCGACUAAGCAUCUCCAGUUACUUGACUUUGGAUGUGCUGCUCCACUUUCUCCAUCUACCUCUCCAAAGUCUGGGUUUCCUCCCCACCGUGUCCUUCCUUACGACGAUUGUUUGGUCCCUUGUGGUACAUGUGACUACCUCUCCCCAGAAAUUCUGAUAUGGCACGAGGACGCAUUGGCGCGAGUCCGUAAAGGGUACGAAGACGACGAAGAGGAAGAAGAGGAAGACAGCUGGGCACAAGAUUUUACGGAAGAUGUUAGAAUCGCGAUGACUCGUCUGAAAUUCAGGAGGAUACGGCCGGAGACGGAUUGGUGGAGUCUUGGAGCAAUGAUUUACGAACUCGCGUAUGGUGAGGCUCCCUUCUUUGCUCCAGAUGUGGCGACAACCUACAAGAAAGUUUUGGCCCACAAGAAAAAUCUCAAGUUUUCGACAGGCGUGGUGUCGAAUGGACUGGAACUUGUACUAGGCAGGCUUUUAACCGAUGCCGAACAAAGACUCGGGAGGCAAUCCACUAAAGAUAUUCGAGAUCACGUGUACUUCAAGGACGUAGACUGGGAGAAUCUGCAUACGCUGGCAAAUACUCAAGGAGCGGGUGGAAGCAGGCGAGGGACUAUCAAUGACAGCCGAAGGCUAACGCUACGACCGGGAACCAAAGCGGACGAAGACGAAGACUCUGGAGAGGACCUAGGCAGCUUUAGUUGGGGUCCUCCAGCCGAUGCAUUCGACCACGAAGAGAACACGAUUGAACCCGGCGAUGUAGCAGAAGAUCCCACGCCAUUCCGACAACCAUUGUUCGGUCUUCCUUCGGCCACGCCUUUGCGCCAAACCUCUGCUACUCCCUUCCGGAAGCCUUUGACUACCCCCUUCCAACACAAAAACCCAGCGGUUACCCCAUUCAGGCAGGGGUCUGCUACACCUUUCCAUCCCAACGCGGGCUCGCAUAAACAAGUCGCCGCCACCCCGUUUCGCCAACCUGCUGCCACGCCCUUUCGCCAACCCAUGCAAGGACCGGAUCAAACCUACCGAAGCUCCGCGCACCUCUUCAAGACCCCUGUUCGACCGGGCAUACUUCCGUACAACUCUGGUACAGCUGGACUCAGCACUGGGAAUGGGGCAGGAAGCGAAACAGCCCCUGGCACUGGGACCGCUCGUCGGACUCGAGCAGUUACCGAGGCCGAGGCGCUUCGACAAGUGCUCGAAUCCGCGAGGAAGAGGGUCUAUCUUGGGAGCGAAGACAGCAAGGGCACACAAUCUAUUCUCGAAGCGAGCGGCAGGAGCCUUUACGCUCAAGACGAAACGCAGAAUCUUCCUUCGCGAAGUAACCUAGACCCCAGCUCUAUUUACGAAGACCAAAGCGAAAGCCGGUCUUCCAGGAUGGUCAGGCCGGCCCUAUACCCUAUCAUGAUUCCCAUGCCGGAUACGUCCAUGAGCUCGUCGGAUGGCGCUGCUGGACCGAUAAGCCCUAGCCCUAGUCCCCGGCCGGGAAGUGCACUGUCCCGACGUUCAACGACUCCGAGCGCGUUGUUGUCGUUGGGCGGCAUAACACCUAGCGCUAUGUAUAGUCGGUCGGGUUCAAAGCUAAGCUUUCGUGCCAAUACCCCCACGUGGGGGCAGGGACUAAGGCGAGACGAGAGCGAGGAAGACAUAUUAGACGAAAAGGAACGAAGGGAACUGGAUCGAGAACGGAGGGAGAGGGCCGAGAAACACCGGAGAUCCAUCCUGGAUAAAGAGCGGGAACGGUCGAGGAGGGAAGAACUGGCAAGACUGGAGCGUCAAAAAGAGAAGGGAAAAGGACGCGAGGAGGACCCACAGGAACAGAAAGCCAACGACGAGUCUGGGAGACAGCUAAAGCGGCAAUCAAGUCGGAUAGGAAGAACGUCAGAACUUCAGAGCGAGGAUUUGGAGGCUAAAAGCUCCCGGCCAUCCAGCCUGGAAAGACCUCAAACAGCCGACAGAUCAGAUUUGGAACGACAGGCCCAGGCCAAACUCGAGCAUGAGCGUCAACGACUUGAGAAGAAAAAGGAAGCGCGCAGGAGGGAGGAAUCCCUGAAACACGACCAGCAAGUGGAGGCUGCUCGCGCACACGAACUUGCACUGGCCGAACAGAUGGCCCGACAAGAUAAUGCGAAGCGACCGCAUGGAUCUCACCAACGUGUGCACUCGUACGGGGGACAAGAGACACCCGCCAUUCGCGUCGAUCCAAGCGAGGCUCAGCCCAAACAGGCGCGUCAGCCCAAAACUACCGGGCCCACCCAGCUCGUAAAGAGCGUCGAUCUGAUUUUGGAUAGCACCAAGACAACUCAGGAACCACAGCCAAGUUCAAAAGAGCGUGCGCAAAAGGGGGGAGGUUCAGAGCCUGAAGGAUCCGGAUCCGGAGCGCAGAGGCUAGUCCCGUCGGUACGAGCCAGGACCCGAUCGCACGAACCGCUCAGGUCUUCGUCCGCCGUCGAGGGAUCGCGACCAGCGUCACGACUUACGCUGCAAAGUGUUUCCGAGCGCCAACAAGUCCUAACCCAGGACUUGGACGCGCUGCAGGAACGGAUCAACGAAGCCCUGCGUAUGUUCCAGUCUGGACAGAGCUAG